AUGAAAGGAGCUAUCAUUUUUUUUUACAGUAAAAUCGAGCAGGUUGAAAUUCCGAAGAAAUUGGGCUUUCUGCUUCCACUACUUAUUUUAGACAAACAAACAAGACAUCAAAUAACAUGUGUCAUCUGCAUCUGCAAAAAAUCGUUGUCAUAUACAGCUAAGCAGCUUUUGCGAGAUGGAAAAUGA